UGCACGCUGCAGGACGUCUCGGAGGAAGGAGCUUUAUUAGAAGGACUGGAGGACAGCACGCAGCUUGUGGGGGUUCAGGUGGUUCUCAUCUUGGCCUACAGCACCAUCAUCCUGUUCGGCGUGAGCGGAAACUCGUUGGUUAUUUAUGCGGUGUACAGGUUCCGCAACCUGCACACGGUCACUAACUUCUUUAUCGCUAACCUGGCUGUAGCAGACCUGCUGGUGAACGCACUAUGCCUGCCCUUCACCCUGAUGGCCACGCUCUCAGGUGAGUGGAAGUUUGGUCAGGUGAUGUGUUACCUGUUACCAUACGCUCAGGGCCUCGCUGUUCAUGUGUCCACCAUUACGCUCAGUGUGAUCGCACUGGACCGCUACCGCAGCAUCAUCCACCACACCGAGACAAAAAUGUCUAAAGACGUGUGUGUGGUGGUCAUCAUCGUUACGUGGAUGGCCAGUGCUGUGCUUGCCAGCCCCUUGGCCAUCUUCCGUGAGUAUGUGACCUUUGACCUGACACCUGAGCACAGCAUUCAGGGUUGUGUGGAGAAGUGGCCGGGCAGCAGUGCGGAUGGAACCGUGUACAGCGUGGCCACGUUCCUGCUGCAGUACGGCCUGCCCCUGUCCGUCAUCUCCUAUGCCUACGCCUGCAUCUGGAGUAAACUCAGGAAGCACGUGAGCCCCGGAGGAGGACACAGCGAGCGACACCGGCGCCGACGGAAAACCACGAAGAUGCUAGCGGCCGUGGUGGCUGUCUUCGCCGUCAGCUGGCUACCGUUCCACGCCUUCCAACUGGCUGUGGAUAUCGACAGCAGCGUAUUUGACAUGAAGGAUUUUAAACUGCUCUACACCGUGUUCCACAUCAUCGCCAUGUGCUCCACAUUUGCAAACCCCAUCCUGUAUGGCUGGAUGAACCGGAACUACCGGCAGGCCUUCGCCGCGGCGUUUAAGUGCGCUCCGGCCGAGGGCGUGCUGAGGAGAGUGCAGAGCAAGGACACGGUGAGAGACACAACUCUCAGACACAAAUGUACCAUCAGCACACUGACUCAGGAUAACACACACCUGUGAGAGCAUGGCACAGCAGGAAAAAAUAACACAAGUCACCGAAGACGACAUUGAUGAAGUAUUUACAGAUUCGGGCCUCAUAAAAAAAGGUUUUUCAGUAAACGCGGUCUCUGUGUUUUUCCUGUUGAAGGUGUAAUGUGUAAAGUUCGGUUCUGUGAGAGUUAGGUCCAGAUCAGAACCAUGUGUGAACAUUUAUGUUGUUGUUGUGUGUUUUAUCCUGUAAGAUAUGUAUGUCAGAUGUAUACUGUACUGUGUUUGCUGUCUGUCGUUAAUAUAAAGAGGAGAUUAUCAUUUACAAUGACGUUGAUUCAGGAGACCAAAACAUUGCAGAUAAGCAGUUCAUGUUGUUCUUCUUUUCAAUUUCUCAAGUAACAAACCUGAUAAAGUUAGGACGUGACAGACGGCAGCUUGUCACGCAGGUGUACCUGCACUGCAUCUCACUGUCAAUAACACCAGCCUCCAGCUCCAUUCGGUUUACAGACACUGACACUGAUACCACCGGCUACUUGAGGAAGACCGACAAAAUAAACACGAAAUAAACACUGUCUCUAAAGUAUAGACGG